UCGACGGUUUGACAGUCAAUGCCUGUUAUUUGAUUUCCCGCGAAACCUUCGGCGCUGCUCCCGCGCAGACCAGGGGACAGUGCUCAACCCGGAGUAACGUUACUGACUGAUAUCCCUCCACCAUGGGAAUACACGGACUUGCCAAGUUAAUCGCAGACCAUGCGCCUGGUGCCAUCAAAGAGCAAGACAUCAAGAACUACUUUGGCAGGAAAAUUGCCAUAGAUGCCUCCAUGUGCAUUUACCAGUUCCUGAUUGCUGUGCGCCAGGAUGGAAAUGUGCUGCAGAAUGAAGAUGGAGAGACAACGAGCCACCUGAUGGGAAUGUUCUAUCGUACAAUCCGCAUGAUGGAAAAUGGCAUCAAGCCAGUGUAUGUUUUUGACGGCAAGCCUCCACAGCUCAAGUCGGGAGAGCUUGAGAAGAGAGGAGAGCGGAGAGCAGAAGCUGAGAAGUUGCUUGCUCAGGCGCAGGAAAUGGGGGAACAAGAAAAUAUUGAGAAAUUCUCCAAACGUCUGGUUAAAGUAACCAGGCAGCAUAACGAUGAGUGCAAAAAGCUUCUGGGCCUGAUGGGAGUGCCUUACAUUGAGGCUCCAUGCGAGGCUGAGGCCAGCUGUGCUGCUCUCGUUAAAGAAGGAAAAGUCUUUGCCACGGCAACAGAGGAUAUGGAUGGGCUGACUUUUGGGACGAAUGUCCUUCUCAGGCAUCUCACCAGCAGUGAAGCAAAAAAACUUCCCAUUCAGGAAUUCCACUUCAGUCGCAUCUUGGAGGACAUUGGUUUGACCAACGACCAGUUCAUAGACCUGUGUAUUCUGCUUGGUUGUGACUAUUGUGGCACCAUCAAGGGGAUCGGCCCCAAGAGAGCCAUCGACUUGAUCCGACAGCACGGCUCCAUCGAGGAGAUCCUAGAAAACAUUGACUCAAAUAAAUACCCCGCCCCAGAGGACUGGCUGUUCAAAGAAGCCAGGACUUUGUUUUUGAAACCUGAAGUGGUAGACUGUUCAACAUUGGAGCUGAAGUGGGCUGAACCUGAUGAGGAGGGACUGAUUCAGUUCAUGUGCAACGAGAAACAGUUCAGUGAGGACAGGGUGCGUAACGGCUGUAAGAAGAUGAUGAAAAGCAGACAGGGCAGCACGCAGGGACGACUGGACUCUUUCUUCACCGUCACUGGAUCCUUGUCCUCCAAACGAAAGGAACCAGAGACAAAAGGAUCAGCGAAGAAGAAACAGAAGACUGGAGCCACACCGGGCAAAUUCAGGAGGGGCAAAUAGACUGAACACGGACCUCUUGAUUCCUUUGAUAAGUUAAUAGUGUUAUGAGAAAAGAAAAGAAACAGUUAACAAUAAAACUAUGACUCCAUUUGUGUAGAAGAACCUGCACCAAUUACAACUCAAAAGGUGGUUUUGUUUUGUAUUAUGGUUAAAGUUUAGUUGAACAACUGUGAUGUAUUCCACCCGACCAAAUCCAAGGUAGCUGCUUUUUAAUGACUGUUGAAAGAUUUUGAUUGAAAUAAUAAAAAAAAACAUGUUCACAGAGAAAGUUGUCGUAACCUUUGAUUUAGUUUAGAAUUGAUAAUUAAAACUUGGUUGAUUACUGCGUUUUCUUUGUUUAAAUUAAGUUUAAAGUUAAUUUAUUAGAUAGUUUUAGGGAAAAUACAGGAUUUCCGUGUAAAGAAGGCAUUGUAGUUUGUGAAUGCUUGCAAUUAAAAUCCUAAAUAAAUAAAGUGGGGCAGGUAUUACAGUCAUUUAAUUGGACCCCAAUGAUGCUGAAAUCUUUUGUGGGGGUGUAAAAGAAAAAUAACAAUAUCGAUCUUUUGCCUGAUUAGAUUUAAAGGGAGAAUAAUGUGGU